GAAAGAAAGAAGAGUACGGAGUAAGUAAAGUGCGGGCUGCCUGGGAUGUGGACCGGGCGGGUUGAGGCGAGACCUUGUGGUGGUCGCUUCUUGGCUGGUCGGUGUCGCAAAGGGACAGGACCCGGUACUUGGAGUUAAACUGGUAAUUAGUUCUGGAACCUCGGAUGAGUGAAGUGCUUACACAGUACUGCUUGCCCUGUUGAGCUUUAAAGAGAGAAUGCACACGACGCAGAUCCGCAGUCUAGAUGUUUCCCUCCUCGUCUCUUUGGCUCUCCCUUCCCUCUCCGUCCGUCCCCUGCACCUUUCUCUUCCGUUUUCUGUGCUUUUCUAAUAAAAAGCAGGAUAAGAGAGCAGCCCCUGUUAAACGCAACAGAAGGCAGAAAGGUUGAUUACCUCCCGAACGCCCAGACAAGAUGGGAACGCACGCCGACAAGGUCGACGGACCGGGGUCGCAAUCCGACGACCGGGUGGACGUCGAGCAGCUCGACCAGGUAGCGGUGCCGCCAGUGACGCUUCAAUCGUUUGCCCAUCUCAACGAGAAAGCCAUCCUACGCAAGAUGGAUAUACGCCUGAUCCCCAUGCUCGCCCUUCUCUACCUCCUGUCAUUCCUCGACCGCGGCAACAUCGGCAACGCCAAGAUCGAAGGCCUCCAGGAGUCCCUGGGCCUCACCAACGACCAGUACAACUGGUGCCUGACCGCCUUCUUCUUCACCUACGCCGCCUUCGAGGUGCCCAGCAACCUGAUGCUCAAGCGGGUCCGCCCCUCGAUCUGGCUGCCCACCAUCAUGGUCGCCUGGGGCGUCGUCAUGACCCUGAUGGGCAUCGUGCGCAACUACGCCGGCCUGCUGUCCGCCCGCAUCUUCCUCGGCGUCACCGAGGCCGGCCUCUUCCCGGGCGUCGCCUACUACCUCACCAACUGGUACAGGCGCGAGGAGAUCCAGCUCCGCCAGGCCAUGUUCUUCAGCGCCGCCAGCGUCGCCGGCGCCUUCAGCGGCCUCCUGGCCUUCGCCAUCGGCAAGAUGGACGGCGUCGGAGGACUUCGUGGGUGGCAGUGGAUCUUUAUCCUCGAAGGAAUCGCCACCGUGCUCGUCGCCGCCAUCGCCUUCUUCGCCCUCUUCGACUUCCCCGAGACGGCUACCUUCUUGACCGAGGAGGAGCGAGCCUUCGUCAUCUACCGUCUCAAGUACCAGGGUCAGAGAGGGGAUGACUCUGGCCGCGAGCAGGUAGCCCAGGCCGACGGGUUCAAGUGGAAAUACGUCAAGGAUGCGUUCCUUGACUGGCAGAUCUGGGUCAACAUCAUCGUCUAUUGGGGCAUCGUCUGCCCCCUGUACGGUAUCUCGCUCUUCCUGCCGACCAUCAUCCGCGAGCUCGGCUACAAGAGCAGCCAGGCCCAGCUGAUGACGGUGCCCAUCUACAUCACGGCCGCCAUCUUCGCCGUCUUCGCCGCCUACUGCUCCGACAGGGUCGGCCGCCGGAGCCCCUUCAUCGCCGGCUUCCUGCUCGUCAUGGCCGUCGGCUUCGCCAUGUGCAUCGGCACCGACCCCAAGGAGAACCCCCGCGUCGUCUACGGCGGCGUCUUCCUCGCCGCCUGCGCCAUCUACCCUGCCUUCCCCGGCGUCAUCGCCUGGCUGUCCAACAACCUGUCCGGCUCCCUCAAGCGCUCCGUCGGCAUGGCCAUCCAGAUCGGCGUGGGUAAUCUGGGAGGUGCCAUGGCAUCCAACUUCUAUCGCGCCAAGGAUGCCCCCCGGUACAUCCUCGGUCACGGCCUCGAGCUCGGCUUCAUCGGCGGCGGCCUCGUCGCUUCCGCCAUCCUCGUGCUGGGAUACACGACCCAGAACAGGAAGCGCGCAAGGAGAAUCCAGGAGGGCGCGCUGGACUCGUACACGUCCCAGGAGCUGUCCGAGAAGGGCGACAGGGCCAUCACGUUCCGUUAUGUGCUCUAGAGAGAAUCCCCUUGUGGGACUGCGGCUAUUAAUAAGGAAAGGAGGGGGGGAUGUGCUGCUGCUCGAUGAGACGCGCGCGGAGUGUCUAGACUAAUAACUCAAGAAGGAAACUGAAU